AUUUUCCCCAAAUUUUUUUCUUGAUUAAACAACAACAAAAAUUAAUAGAAAUGUGGUGUUUAGGUGUUGGAUUAUAAGUAAGGUUAGGUUUGUUGUUCUCUGUGUGACUGCUGUGCACGCCAUCUAUUUGUAAUCCAACCCCCCGCGCGCCCCGGCCGGCCCGCGCGCGCUCUCGCUCUCUCUCUCUCUAAAUUCUACAACACAUUGUCCCCGCCCCGUUUGAGAUAUAUUAUUUUCUCUCGGCUCCGUUUCGUUUCUCGGUUUCGACUCGUCCCACUCUGUUUGGUUGCUCCUCGCGGCGCGGUCUCUCGUCCCGGCCAAUUCGGAUUGCGUUUCUGCCCUCCGCUGCGUGUUCCUUCCACUUCUGUUUCGCUCGUUUUUUCGGCGCCGCGACGCCUUUCCGGCCCGCCCUCGUCUCGGACAAUCCCCCAAUUCGGUUUCUCGAUUCGGUUUCGGAAAUUGACUGCUCGACCUAACCUCGAAAGGUUGGAUUCUCAAAACUGUGCUUUUCAAAUUGGUGUGUCGACUUUUCGGUGACCGAAAUUUUUCGGACCACGUGACCGGUGUAUCAUAACCAAGUGCGCGUUGUUUAUCAUACCUUAGUGCAAUUAAAAAUUAUGUUUAUUUUGUGUUUUGAAUAAAAAAAUAGAGAAAAAAACAAGGGUUAAGUUUUGUUGCGAACAAUGUGGUGUGAGUGCAAUACCAGUGCAAACUAAACUCUCGUGUGUUUGUGUGCGUGUAAUGGAUUCUGCGAUGGAUUCGUCGGCUUCCACCAACAGCGACCGGAGCUCCAACAUCUCGACGUCCCCGCCGCCGGCCAUCAAGACCCCGGUGACCCCCACGAACAACAACAACACGACCAACAACAACAACACCAUCACGAACAACGGGCAGACGAGCCCCGUGUCCAUGGUGCGUCUCCAAGAGUCCCCGAUCUCCGGGGGGCACCACCCGAUAUCCCAGCACAGCCCGCCGCCGGUGUCCACCCCCAGCGGCAUUGUCUCCAUGGCCAACCGCAUGGGUCAUUCUCUGCCACCCCUGCCGCCCCCAGGGUUGGGGUUGUUGAACUCCUUGGGGUCCAUGGUCCACCACUCGCCGCUGGACCUCAUGGCUAUGUCCCACCACCACGUUCCACCGCGGAGCUACAAUUCGCCACCCCCGAUAUCCACUUCGGACCCCACGGCCAAUGAGUGUAAACUCGUGGACUAUAGAGGUCACAAGGUGGCGGCUUUUAUAAUCCAAGGCGACACGAUGCUCUGCCUCCCGCAGGCUUUCGAGCUGUUUUUGAAGCAUCUGGUUGGCGGGCUCCACACCGUCUACACGAAGCUCAAGCGGCUGGAUAUCGUGCCCCUGGUGUGCAAUGUGGAGCAGGUGCGGAUUUUGAGGGGGCUCGGUGCCAUACAGCCCGGGGUCAACCGAUGCAAGUUGCUGUCCUGCAAGGAUUUCGAUGUCCUCUACAGGGACUGCACUACUGCCAGGUGCUUGAUGUCACACAAAACUACAGAAAGCUCCAGACCCGGACGACCACCAAAAAGGGCGCCCGUAGGACUCUCACUGGCCGCCUCGCAUCUUAGUCAACAGCUCAAAAAGCACCGCAUGGAGAAUGGAGACUACUCAACCUACGAAAAUGGACAUCUCUCUGAUGCACCCAGACUAGAAAAAUCUCCACUUUUAGCGAAUGGUUACAAUCAACCACCAACGCACCUAAACCAUAUGCAAUUCUUACCAAUGAACCACCCCGCACACACGGCCAUCCUACCCCCUGGGCUGUCGCAUCAUCCUGGACUCCCCAGACCAGACAGUGCAAUCAUGAAAGCUCAAGGAAUUCCCGGAAUGGAAGCUCUCGCCAGAUCUGGCCUAUGGGAGAACUGUCGAGUGGCAUACGAAGACUUAGUAAAACACUUGGAAAGGUUAAAUGAGGAGAGAGGCGAGUCUGAUCGAGUUUUGGCUUUGGAUAAGAAGGCACGUGAUCUUAGUUCUCAAAAUGGUUCAUCAGCUGGUCAUAGUCCCGUUUUGAAUUUAUCCAAAAGCGGAGGCGACCAUUCGGGCAGUGAAGGCGGGCACACCGGCCCAGAAGAUGACGAUGACGAUGACAAUGCCAGCGAUGUGGACGACCAUAGCGACAAAGAACAUGACUUGAGCGAUAACGCGGAGAUCGGCGGUGGGAGCGGCCCGGGGAGCGAGUCGCCGCACGCGCUCAACUACUCGAGCAUGGGCACCACCGUCGGCGUCGGGGUCGGCGUCGGGCCCACCGAGGGCGGCGUCUCCUCCACCGAAACCCUCCUCAGGAAUAUCCAGGGCCUCCUCAAAGUCGCCGCAGACAACGCCCGCCAACAGGAGAGACAGAUCAACUACGAGAAAGCUGAAUUGAAAAUGGAUGUUUUACGCGAAAGGGAAGAAAAAGUCAGCAUAGAAAGGCAAUUAGUCGACGAGCAGAAAAGUAGAGAUACGUUCCAAAAGCGGUGGCGAAGAGAGAGGAAAGAAAGAAAGAGGCUCCAGACUCAGUUGGAAACCGAAUUCAAAAGACGGAACCAGUUGCUGGAAGCUCUCAAAACUGCUGGAGCUCCACCUGAAGCCCUCCGCAUUUUAACCGAAGCUGCCACCGAGCGAGUAGCCAAGUCGGAGCCCUCGAGCGAAAGAGAAAGAGCCGGGACGCCCAACUCGUACGCCCCCCUGGCGGGGACCAAGCCCGGUGGCGAGCAGACCCCCGACAUUAAGCGAGAGCGAGAGCGGGAGAGGGAGAAGCCCUGGAAUUACUCAGGCAUGGAUUUGGUCAGCUCCGGGGCAGCCUUCUGGCAAAACUAUUCCGAAUCUUUGGCGCAAGAGUUAGAACAAGAGAGGAAAAAAGUACAACAGCAGCAGCAACAGCAGCAACAACAACAGUCUCAAACGCACGUUGAACGAGAUGUUAAAUCCCCAUUGCAAGAUUCCAGAGCUGGUUAUUAUAAAAACUCAGUUUUAUUCAGCACAGCCACCUAAUCAUAGAUUAUUUGAGUUUAGAAAGAUUCAAGAAGCCACAUCUAAAUCUUCGUAACUAGAAAUUCCUCAGAAUUUAAAGUUGAAUGCCACAACUUCUGUCAGUCGUCAACCACAAUUUAAGGUUGUGUUCUUGUAAAUUAUCACUACUUUUUCAACAGUAGACCUCUUUUUGUGAAUGUAAAGCGUUUGUAUUCUAUACUUAAAUUUCUUUUUAUGCCGAUCUAUUCAUAGAAUGGGUCAUUGUAUUUAAUAACCAGUGCUUUUUUUUCUCUGAAUAACUUCGUAAUUGUUUUGUACACUAUAUAAAAGCCAAAUAAUGCAUAUUUUUAAUCUGUUUCUUUUAUAGAAAGAAUAAAUAAUUGUGUUCACGAACACUUGUAUUUAGAUUAAUUGUAAUACAUUUUGUAGGUAAUAUUUAUCAAAUAGGUAUCAAAUGGAAGAAAAUAAAUUUGGUUAUAUUCUCAAUACUUCAAUUGUAUUUAUGACCCGUGUAGAUGUGUAAAUAAAACGAAAAAAUCAUUAGACUGUUCUCUUUUAGGUCAUUUUAUUCUGUAAAUAGCUUUUGCGCUCUUUAGAGGAGUAUACAUUUUUAGUUUUUUCUUUGCUAGUAUCAUCUUUUAAUUAGGUACGCAACAGGAUCUCAAAGCUGAGAACCACUAUCAUUGGUGGAUCCAGCAAAUUGGCAACGUUGCUUUUCUCCAUUUAAACCUUUGAAAAUGUAUCGAUUCUUAGAGGGGGCAAGUGCUCCGACAAGAAUCGAUUAUUUAACAUAGCUUUAAAUGGAGAAAAUUCGGUGUUGCCAAGUUGCUGAAUCCGCCAAUGACCACUAUAUUAUUCAUCCGUGCUUUUGCCCACAAUUUUCGUUCAUUACUAUUAUUUCCAGAGGAAAUCCGAUCACUAAGUGACUGUACAUAUUGUCUCUUUGUUUUUAUCUGAAAGAUAUAUCCUUUUUUAUUCCUUUUAUACAUAUGUAUGUUGUAAAUAUAUUAGGUAAUUUUCAAAAGCCUUGAGAAUGGACGUUAAUUUAAUCGUCCUCUCAUCUCUGUAAAAAUUUGAAUUUUUGAUAGUCGGAGGAUGACAGUCUUCUCAAUGAAGUAGUUAAAACAUAUUUUGAAGAAGCAAAAUGACUGAUCAUGUUGAUAUUUAUAAUUGCCAAAAAAAGAAUCGCGUUAAAACUAGUCAAUACUUUGACAACUACUAACUGUAUUGUACAUUUGAAGUAAUAAAAACAUUAAAUGGUUUAAGUUUGACCCCUAUCCUAUCAGUUCCCAGGUCAUUUGAGAUUCAAAUUGUCGAAAUAUAAGACUGGUUUGAUCUUUGGUGCUCAGCUAACUGAACAGUCUAUGUAAAAUAUUCGUACACCAAAUUUAAAUGAAUUCUUGUGACUGCGUUUAUGAACAAAUGUUUCUAUGAUUUGGUAACCGAUUAUGUUGUAAGAUUGAACUUUCAAGUGCAAAACUUGAUGAUAAGAGAAAACGACGUUUAAGCACUUUGUAUUUUUUUUUACUCGGUAUAUUGAAACAAAAAUAAGUUAUUUUCUCUCUUCUGAAGUUUUCUUUGAUCUCAUUAUAGUAAGUAAUAGCUAUAACACCUGUAGUAUUGUCAUUUAUCUUCAUAACUAUUUACGAUUAAUUUAUUACUGUUGAUUUCGAUACUAUUGUAGAUAACACAGUGAGUCCGAAUAGCGGGGUUUGUACAUUUGCAUUAAUCUAUCCCAAAGUCUUAUUCUCAUCGUAUUUAAAAUUUAGUGAAUUGGUUAUUUUUAAUUUCAUUUUAUCACAAAUAACUCAUAGUACCAGAAAUAUUCUACGAAAAAUUCUACUCACUGGACAAGGAACUUGAUGUAUAGACCUGAAGAGUAAUGACUAAACAUAAGUAUGCAAUUUUAUUACUAUUGUCAGCUUUAAAAUGAAGAGUUCACAAAAUACUCUUAUUAAUAUAGAAUUCGUCAAUAACUUCUAAGUAUAGUGCUCCGUUUAUAUUUGACGUUUGGUUAUAUAUUCUUAGCUGGGCAAAUAUAAACUUUAAAGUUCAAGUAAAAAAGAAAAAAAGGUAAAUUACACAUGCUCCAGCAGAAUUAUAAAGCGUAUAGCUCUGUCUAAAGCAAAUAUAAUUUUCGUUUUUUAAUGUAAUAAUCAUGAAAAAAAAAUUGAAGUGUACAUGUGUAAGUCUAAUUGUAAAAUCGAUAUUAAAGAUUAUAAUAACUGGAUUACACGAUAGACAAACUUUGAACUGAUCCCAUGCCAAUGAAUGGGACGAAAAAACGAUCAAUUUUUAACGUAUUUUGAACGCUGGUGAUGACUGAAAUUAUAUUAAUUCUACUUCACGUAGCCCACUACUUAAUUAAAGUGACUAUUUACAAUAUCCUGUCGCUAAAAAUGUUCGCCUGUACAAGUCACAACAAUUUUGAAACGAAUCGUUCAGUGAGCGAGGUAUUUCACAUAUAGUUAAAUAUUUUGUGUUGUUUUUACGUAUCAUUUUGUAGAUAUGUUAACUCCAUUACACAUUUUGCUAUUACAUUAUGAUAUAGAGUUGAUACAGUUAAAUUAAGAACCUUAGUUCAUUUUAAUUUUGCUUUGAGUAUAUCUUCAUUGAUGUCUUAUAAGUUUAAAUGUGAUAAAAUCUUAUUAUUUCUCAAAA